AAUAAUAACUAAUAAUAAAGUGAGAGAGUAAUUUAGAAAAUAAAAUUGAACAUUUUUAUAUUAUAAUACAAUGAAUAAUAAUAAGUCGGCUCGUGAAUCGCCAAAUAGAUAUUCGUUGUUUCCCUUUUUCGAUAGAUUAUAAAUCAACAAAUCCAAAAGAAAAAGUAAGUGGACCUAACCCGUCGAAUCAUGACUAUAUCCACUAUUCUGAUAUUCAAAUUCGAUAGAGAUAAAAUUGAAACAGUAGAUUUGUUUUAUUUCAUAUUUUUUAUAUUCGGAAAUCUGUCGAUAUCUCUUAUUUAAUCUUCUUGUUUCUAUAUUUCAUAGGAAAUAUACUGCGUUCCUGCCUAGAGAAAGAAAGUCUUAUUCCAAAUUAAUUAAUACCUAAAGGGCAUUUCAACAUCUUGUUUUGAUUCCAGAACAUAACAAGAGCCUAAAUUCUAGUUGUAUAAGAAUCAAAUUGUAUUAAGAAUCAAAAAAUCGAAUAAUAAAUAAUUGCUUCAGAUAUCAAUCAAAUAUUUCCAUAUUGAUGCUUACAAGAUGACAAUGUAAUGUGAUUGAAGGUGUAUGUGAGAAAGAAACUCUCAUUUACAGUUUGCUAUUAUUUUAUUUAAAUAUUGUAUUGAAUUAGAUAUAAAUAAGAAAUUUUCCAUUUUUUUACCGGCAUGGACAUGUAGAUAUCAAAUAAAAUAGAAAAAAAGAUUUCUUUAUCUGAGUAAUGAGUCAUCUGACAAUUCAUGAUUUAGAUUCAACUACUUAUUAAUAAACUAAUAGCAAGGAAGAAACAAUUUGAGUUGAUGCGUGUACCUAAGUAAGGACCAAUAAAAUAAAAUAUUUUGAUCUUCGAAACCAAUUAAAUGAAAUUCUAAAGGUUCAAUUUUAUGGGGCAGUGCGCGAGAAAUCAAAUUAUAAAUAAAUGAUAGAAUUUUGAGCGCCCUGAAAAUGCCAUAAUAUAUAACAUUAAGAUAUAUAAAGGUGUUCGGAAAUGGUUGAAGUAGAUGAAUAGGAGGAUCGCUAUGACUAUAGCCCUUGGUAAAUUUACCAAAAACGAAAAAGAUUUAUUUGAUAUUAUGGAUGACUGGUUACGGAGGGACCGCUUCGUUUUUGUAGGUUGGUCUGGUCUAUUGCUUUUUCCUUGUGCCUAUUUCGCUUUGGGGGGUUGGUUCACAGGUACAACCUUUGUAACUUCAUGGUAUACUCAUGGAUUGGCUAGUUCCUAUUUAGAAGGUUGCAAUUUUUUAACCGCUGCAGUUUCUACUCCUGCUAAUAGUUUAGCGCAUUCUUUGUUGUUACUGUGGGGUCCUGAAGCACAAGGAGAUUUUACUCGUUGGUGUCAAUUAGGCGGUCUGUGGGCUUUUGUUGCUCUCCACGGUGCUUUCGCAUUAAUAGGUUUUAUGUUACGUCAAUUUGAACUUGCUCGAUCUGUUCAAUUGCGACCUUAUAAUGCAAUCGCAUUCUCUGGUCCAAUUGCUGUUUUUGUUUCUGUCUUUCUAAUUUAUCCACUAGGUCAAUCUGGUUGGUUCUUUGCGCCUAGUUUUGGUGUAGCGGCUAUAUUUCGAUUCAUCCUCUUUUUCCAAGGGUUUCAUAAUUGGACAUUGAACCCAUUUCAUAUGAUGGGAGUCGCUGGUGUACUGGGCGCGGCUCUGUUAUGCGCUAUUCAUGGUGCUACUGUAGAAAAUACUUUAUUUGAAGAUGGUGAUGGUGCAAAUACAUUCCGUGCUUUUAACCCAACUCAAGCCGAAGAAACUUAUUCAAUGGUCACCGCUAACCGCUUUUGGUCACAAAUCUUUGGGGUUGCUUUUUCCAAUAAACGUUGGUUACAUUUCUUUAUGUUAUUUGUACCAGUAACUGGUUUAUGGAUGAGUGCUCUUGGAGUAGUCGGUCUAGCUUUGAACCUACAUGCCUAUGACUUCGUUUCCCAGGAAAUCCGUGCAGCGGAAGAUCCGGAAUUUGAGACUUUCUAUACUAAAAAUAUUCUUUUAAACGAAGGUAUUCGCGCUUGGAUGGCGGCUCAAGAUCAGCCUCAUGAAAACCUUAUAUUCCCUGAGGAGGUUCUACCACGUGGAAAUGCUCUUUAAUAGAACUUUAGCUUUAGCUGGUCGUGACCAA